AUGGCGAGCCCUUCCGAAGAUGUAUCCCCUCCUGAUUCUCCUGCGUCUGACGGAUCCGGCACAAUGCCGUCGCCCGGACGUGUAGACGGCUCACCAGCGAUUGCUAGGAGACAGAGCGAAGAUCGACUUGAUGCUGGAAAUGAUGAUGAAGAUGAGGAUCCCGAGGAGGAAGGCGAGGAAACCGCGCCUCGAGAAGAUGAUGACGACGAAGAAGAUGAAGAAGACGAUGAUGAAGAAGAGAUUACAGGUCAUCGAAGAAAGCGCCGGCGCGAGCGACGUAAUCAGUUCCUCGACGUGGAAGCUGAGGUUGAUGAAGAUGAAGAUGAAAAUGAGGAUGACGAAGACGAGCUUAAUGAACUUAAAGACAACUUCAUUGCCGAUACACAUCCCGACGAUUUGGCAGACCUGCCAGUGGGCGGCGAGACAGAUGAUCGAAGACACAGGGAGUUGGAUAGGAGACGUGAGAUGGAAGCAAGCCUAGAUGCUGAGAAGCAAGCCGAAAUCCUGCGACAGCGAUACGCCAAGAUCCGAACCGGAAGAGCUCUGGGAGAUUCUGCGGUGGUACCAAAACGACUCUUACUUCCCAGUGUGGAUGAUCCAAGCAUUUGGGCUGUUAGGUGUAAGGAAGGCAAGGAGAGAGAGGCCGUUUUCGCGAUCAUGAAGCGCAUCGAGGAGAGGAUGGGGACUAAAGAAGAAUUGGCAAUCACAUCUGCCUUCGAACGAGGCGGAACUCAUUCAACAAUGAAGGGAUUCAUCUAUGUAGAGGCGCAGCGCCAAGCGGAUAUCAUGGUUGCCCUGACUGACCUGAUGAAUGUAUACCCUCGAACGAAGAUGAUGCUUGUCGAGAUCAAGGAGAUGCCGGACCUUCUUCGUGUCACAAAAACCCCAGCAUUGGAACCAGGAGCGUACGUGCGACUGAAGAGGCCUCCAAAGUACGCCGGGGAUCUCGCCCAAGUUAUUGAUGUCACAGAUACGGGCCUUGAAUUACGGGUUAGAUUUGUGCCUCGGCUUGAUUACGGUCUACAUGAGGACGUAAAUGCACCUACGGAUGCGUUUGGUGCGAAGCGAAAACGACCAGUAGCCGGCCCUCGACCGCCCCAGCGAUUGUUCAGCGAAGUUGAAGCCAGAAAAAGACAUAGCAAGUUGUUAGGCGGUGGGACUGCAGGUGCCAAGUCAUGGAACUAUGCGGGGGAUGAAUACGUCAACGGUUACUGCGAAAAGGAGGUAAAACUCCAAACCCUCAUUGUCAAAGAUGUCAAUCCGACAUUGGAAGAGGUAACGAGAUUCGCGUCUGGUGCGGAAGACGGCACCGAAAAUUUGGAUCUCAAUGCUCUGGCUGCCAGUCUGAAGGCUAGCACUGCAAAUGCGUCAUAUUUGCCCGGCGAUAUUAUUGAAGUUUAUGAGGGCGAACAGAAAGGUGUCAUAGGGAAGGCAAUCUCUGUACAAGCUGAUAUCGUUACAAUGGCAGUCUCAGAGGGCGAUUUGAAGGGCCAGACAAUUGAAGUACCUGUAAAAGGACUCCGAAAGAGGUUUAGGAAUGGUGACCACGUCAAAGUCAUUGGCGGCAGUCGGUUCAGAGACGAAGUUGGAAUGGUUGUCAAAAUUAGCGAGGACAGGGUUACUCUCUUGAGUGAUCAUGGAAAUACCGAGAUUACAGUAUUCAGCAAGGAUCUUCGAGAAGCCAGUGAUUCUGGCGGUAGUGGAACACUUGGGAAAUUUGAGCUCUGGGAUCUGGUCCAACUUGAUCCAUCAACAGUUGCUUGUAUUGUCAAGGUGGACCGAGAAUCGCUCGUAGUCCUAGACCAGAACAACCAAACUCGGACCGUGAUGCCAUCUCAGAUCUCUAAUAAGCUCGAAAAGCGGAGACAUGCAGUUGCUACCGAUCGCAAUGGCAAUGAAAUUCGCCUCGACGAAACGGUUAAAGAGAACGGCGGCGAAGCCAGAUCUGGCAAGAUCAUUCACAUCCACCGAGCUUACCUCUUUUUACGAAACCCAUCGCAGAAUGAAAAUGCUGGCGUAUUCGUCACUCGCACGACUGCUGUCUCCAGUGUCGCCGCAAAGGGUGCUGUCACAGCUUCCACCGGUCCUGAUCUUACCUCGAUGAAUCCGGCAAUGAAGCGAAACCCAGCCACCGGUGGUGAUAUGGCUCCACCGAAAAGCUUUGGUCGAGAUCGGUCUAUUGGUCAGACAGUCACCAUCCGAAAAGGACCUUAUAAAGGUCUGCUUGGAAUUGUGAAAGAGGCUACUGAUAGCAACGCUCGAGUUGAACUGCACACGAAGAACAAGACUGUAAAUGUUUCAAAGGAUGAUCUGGCAUUCAAGGACAAACUUACAGGCCAAGAGUUCAAUCCCAACUCAAGAGGUGGAUUUGGUGGUGGCAGAGGGGGUGCCACACCAAGAGGACGGGGUGGACUCGGGUCAGCUACUCCAGGUGGUUGGGACGGCGGACGCACCCCAGGAGCAGCCGGUGGAGUCGAGCGAACCCCAGCAUGGGGUGCAAGAACACCCGCGGUUGCGAAUGGAGGACGAACACCAGCCUGGAAAUCAUCUGGUGACAAUGCAGGGGGUCGAACUCCUGGCUGGGCUGAUGGCUCUCGCACCGUCAAUCCUUACGAUGGUAGCCGAACAUCGUAUGGAGGCGGCAACCGGACACCCGCUUGGUCAUCAGGGGCCAAGACUCCAGCAUACGGGAUGUCAGAUGCUUUUGCGGCAGGCUCAAAAACACCUGGCUACAGCGGCGGUGGCAACGAUACCUGGGGUUCCAAAACACCCGCUUAUCAGCAGCCAGCAUCAAACGACAAUUGGGGCUCUAACCAGCAGCAAUCUAACAAUGGCUGGGGCGCUAAUUCAUACGACGCGCCGACUCCUGGUGUUAACAUGUCCGCGCCUACUCCUGCGGCAAUGAACGCACCUACACCAGGCGCCUACUCUGCUCCUACACCAGCACCGUACAACGCGCCUACUCCUGCUGCAGCACCCACUCCUGCUCCUGGCUGGGGAGGCGGUGGCGGAGGUGGAUGGGGAGCACCAACGCCACAAGCUAUGGAUGCUCCUACUCCUGGCGCUCAGCAAGGUUACUAUGCCGCGCCUACGCCAGGAGCGUACGGAGCAAUGCCCGAGACACCAGCUGCGAACUGGCAAGAUGAUAAUCAACCGAGGUAUACGGAUAACUGA